UCGGUGGCGGGUCCCAGGCGCGGGGCUGGCGGGCUGAGGGGAGGAAAGAUGGCGGCAGCGGCUGCAGCUGGAGCGGCUUCUGGGCUGCCGGGUCCAGUGGCACAGGGAUUGAAGGAGGCGUUGGUGGAUACCCUCACCGGGAUCCUGUCCCCCGUGCAGGAGGUGCGGGCGGCUGCAGAGGAGCAGAUUAAGGUGCUGGAGGUGACAGAGGAAUUUGGUGUUCACCUGGCAGAGCUGACUGUAGAUCCUCAAGGGGCACUGGCAAUCCGUCAGCUGGCGUCAGUCAUCUUGAAACAGUAUGUGGAAACUCAUUGGUGUGCCCAGUCAGAGAAGUUCCGACCUCCGGAAACUACAGAACGGGCAAAAAUUGUUAUCCGGGAGCUGUUACCCAACGGGUUGAGAGAAUCAAUAAGCAAGGUGCGCUCCAGCGUGGCCUAUGCUGUGUCCGCCAUUGCCCACUGGGAUUGGCCUGAAGCCUGGCCCCAACUCUUCAACCUGCUUAUGGAGAUGUUGGUGAGCGGAGACUUAAAUGCCGUCCAUGGAGCCAUGCGUGUGUUGACAGAGUUUACUCGAGAAGUGACAGACACACAGAUGCCACUUGUUGCUCCUGUCAUUCUCCCAGAGAUGUAUAAGAUCUUCACCAUGGCCGAGGUGUAUGGUAUUCGAACUCGUUCCCGAGCAGUGGAGAUUUUUACUACUUGUGCUCAUAUGAUCUGUAACAUGGAGGAACUAGAAAAGGGUGCAGCCAAAGUCCUGAUCUUCCCUGUGGUGCAGCAGUUCACAGAGGCCUUUGUUCAGGCGCUCCAGAUGCCGGACGGCCCCACAUCUGACAGUGGCUUUAAGAUGGAGGUGCUGAAGGCAGUGACAGCCUUGGUGAAAAACUUCCCGAAGCACAUGGUGUCCUCCAUGCAGCAGAUCCUGCCCAUUGUUUGGAACACUCUAACUGAGAGUGCUGCCUUUUAUGUGAGGACAGAAGUGAAUUACACAGAGGAAGUGGAAGAUCCUGUGGAUUCUGAUGGAGAAGUCCUGGGCUUCGAAAACCUCGUCUUUAGCAUCUUUGAGUUUGUCCAUGCCCUGCUGGAAAACAGCAAAUUCAAAAGCACCGUUAAGAAGGCUUUGCCUGAGCUCAUCUACUACGUCAUCCUGUACAUGCAGAUCACCGAGGAGCAGAUUAAAGUGUGGACAGCUAACCCGCAGCAGUUUGUAGAAGACGAGGAUGACGAUACAUUCUCCUACACUGUGAGGAUUGCCGCUCAAGACUUGCUGCUGGCUGUGGCCACAGAUUUCCAGAAUGAGAGUGCAGUGGCCCUGGCUACUGCAGCCACUCGGCAUUUACAAGAAGCGGAGCAGACAAAAACCAGUGGCACUGAGCACUGGUGGAAGAUCCACGAGGCCUGCAUGCUUGCUCUGGGCUCUGUGAAGUCUAUCAUCACUGACAGUGUGAAAAAUGGCAGGAUCCAUUUUGAUAUGCAUGGGUUCCUGACUAACGUCAUCCUCGCAGACCUCAACUUGUCAGCGUCUCCUUUCCUCCUGGGCCGGGCCCUGUGGGCUGCCAGUCGCUUCACUGUCGCCAUGUCCCCUGAACUGAUCCAGCAGUUCCUACAGGCAACAGUUAGUGGUCUUCAUGAGACACAGCCCCCGUCAGUUCGCAUCUCUGCUGUGAGAGCUAUCUGGGGUUAUUGUGAUCAACUGAAAGUCUCAGAGAGUACGCAUGUGCUUCAGCCCUUCCUCCCCAGCAUCCUUGACGGCCUAAUUCACCUAGCAGCCCAGUUCAGCUCAGAGGUCCUCAACCUGGUGAUGGAGACCCUGUGCAUCGUUUGUACUGUUGACCCAGAAUUCACAGCAAGCGUGGAAAACAAAAUCUGCCCCUUCACCAUCGCCAUUUUCCUAAAGUACAGUAAUGAUCCUGUUGUCGCCUCGCUGGCUCAGGACAUCUUCAAGGAACUGUCCCAGAUUGAAGCCUGUCAGGGUCCAAUGCAGAUGAGGCUGAUUCCCACGCUGGUCAGCAUAAUGCAGGCCCCAGCGGACAAGAUCCCUGCAGGGCUCUGUGCGACAGCUAUUGAUAUCUUGACUACAGUAGUUCGAAAUACGAAGCCCCCACUGUCCCAGCUCCUCAUCUGCCAAGCUUUCCCUGCUGUGGCACAGUGCACCCUUCACACAGAUGACAAUGCCACCAUGCAGAAUGGUGGUGAGUGCUUGCGGGCCUAUGUGUCAGUGACACUGGAACAGGUAGCCCAGUGGCAUGACGAGCAAGGCCACAGUGGACUGUGGUAUGUUAUGCAAGUAGUGAGCCAGCUCCUUGACCCACGGACCUCAGAGUUCACUGCAGCCUUUGUGGGCCGCCUGGUCUCCACCCUCAUCUCCAAGGCAGGGCGGGAGCUUGGGGAGAAUCUGGAUCAGAUUCUUCGUGCCAUCCUCAGUAAGAUGCAGCAGGCAGAGACACUCAGUGUCAUGCAGUCGCUCAUCAUGGUGUUUGCUCAUCUGGUGCACACCCAGCUGGAACCUCUGUUGGAGUUCCUGUGUAGCCUCCCUGGACCGACUGGGAAGCCUGCCCUGGAGUUUGUGAUGGCUGAGUGGACGAGUCGGCAGCACCUGUUCUAUGGACAGUAUGAAGGCAAAGUCAGAAGCUCUAGACGGGAGCUGACUGGCCUUUCCUGGCUCUCCAGCUCUGUGGCACUCUGUAAGCUGCUCCAGCACGGCAUCAAUGCAGAUGACAAGCGGCUACAGGAUAUCCGUGUGAAGGGAGAAGAGAUCUACAGCAUGGACGAGGGCAUCCGCACGCGCUCUAAGUCAGCCAAGAACCCAGAGCGUUGGACGAACAUUCCUCUGUUGGUCAAGAUCCUAAAGCUGAUUAUCAACGAGCUUUCCAACGUCAUGGAGGCCAAUGCUGCUCGACAGGCCACUCCUGCUGAGUGGAACCAAGAUGAUUCCAAUGAUAUGUGGGAGGACCAGGAGGAAGAGGAAGAGGAGGAGGAGGAUGGUUUAGCUGGCCAACUUUUAUCUGACAUUCUUGCUACAAGUAAAUAUGAGGAGGAUUACUAUGAAGACGAUGAGGAAGAUGACCCUGAUGCCCUGAAGGAUCCUCUCUAUCAGAUUGAUCUGCAGGCGUAUCUCACAGACUUCCUUUGCCAGUUUGCUCAGCAGCCCUGUUACAUAAUGUUUUCAUGCCACCUUAACGACAACGAGAGGCGGGUCCUACAGACUAUCGGCAUCUAAAGAAGAGAGUCUUCAGCCUGUGCCCUGUCUCCGGGCCCAGCCACAGACCAUUCUACAGCCCUCUCCGGCCUUGAGAUGCACUUUGUCUCAGCCUGGAGUGGCUUCUGACCCUCGGCCUCGACAGUGACACUGACAUUCAGCCCUUGCUUACCAGGGCUGGCAUUUUAAAAGCUAAAGAAAAGAACAUUUAUCAAAGUCCUGUGAAGAUACCCCAAAUCUGGAACUGUCUUUCUCCCCAGCUCUGACCCCCUUCAUUCCCAGCAUCCUCUGUUGGCCAGACCAGAAACUUCGAUACCCAGGAUGUGGGUUCUUGAUUCUUUUGCCCCACCUCAGGGCACAGGAAGUUAUUACCAUUAAUAUUCAGAAACAUGCCUGUUUACUUUCAUAGGACGUCUGAUGUGUUCAGAUAGGAACCCUUGAGAGAUCAGUGUGCUUUCUGCCCUCGGCCAGUGAUGCUCUGGGUUUUCAGUAAGAACAGCUGGAGCAGCCACAUGCUAAGACAUUUCCAGGAACCUCACCUUCCUGCUUUCCUCAUGCAACACUAAGGUCCUCUGUCAAAGGCUCCAUCUUCCCAUCUCUGCUUCAUUGCAUGACAGCCCCUCCCCCAGGCUGUUCCUAUAUAUACAUGCAUACACAAGCAAGCCAGACAGAUGGCAACUUGUCUCUCUCCCCCCAGGCCUCUCCCUCCCUCCCUCCCUCCUUCCUUCUCUCUCUCUCUCUCCCUCUCUCUCUCUCUAGAAAAAAAAAAUCAGGAAAAGAUUUUUUAUUUCUAAAUCUGCCUGACCCAUCUAUAUUUAAUAUGCCUCUUCUGCACAUAACCAGAGUCUGAUAUUCAAAGGUAUCCCUAUCCCUCAGGAAUCCUCUAAAGUGGUUGAGUUGUAGCCCUCGAAUUUGCAACAUGUAUUUUUCUAGGACAGUAAAGCAAUCUUUACAAAUGAAUUUAGUCUGCAUACUCUAAGGUGUCUCAACACCUCUACCUUCUGUUUCUUCCCUCUAGAAGUAAAGUAAAGACAGAAGAAAGCAUAGCAUAUUUUGGCAAGCAGUUCAGAAAUCUUAGAGAACUGGUAUUUUUCAUCCAAAUAUGUUUAAAGAGUCAGUGGCACAGCAUGUGGACGGCCUGGGUUGAGUCCCCAGUACCACAGAGAUAAGGGCGCCCUGCAAUGGCUCUCCCGUGUGUGAGGAGUUGAGAAUGGGUGAAGAUUAAGAGCAGGGAAGUUGCCCCACGUUCCCUUUGUUUGGUGGCGCCCAGGUCUGGUGCUCCUUUUUUAAUAGCCAGAGCUUUUUCUUUGAGGUGAUACUCUGAUAAAAAGGAAAGGGAAUGUAGUGGUAACCUGAGCUCCACUUAAGCAGAAGGUGGCCGUGUAGCGUGUCUAAGGCCUUUCCUGGCACCUAAAGACUCGGCGGCUUCUUAUCAACUGCGCCACCAGUUGUCCUUCGAGCUCAGCCUUGUGUUCAGAAGCACUAAAGUUUCCACUUUUAUUUAUAAGAGCCUAACAAAGUGUGUAUACUUGUCUUCUGGCUGGCAGUGUGGAGACCAGUAUUGCCUUGGCCCUUGCUGCUUUUCUUCCUGAAGUUGGAAGUUCCUGAUAAAGAGAAAUGAAAACAUACCUGCCCAGUAGUGCCCAGAAAACCACAGUAGGAACUUUGGAACCUCUUUCCAUAGUUGACCUCAAAGCCAACUGGAUUUGGUGCUAAAAACAGUAGACCAUUCCACAUGAUUAAGUUGUCUCAUGGUUUUGACACAUUAGCAUGGUACCAGGUUAGCAACACUGGCCUGCUGAAUUUGAGGAAGCUUGGAAACCCAGUUCAUUCUAAGCCUGCACAUUAGGACAGUUCCUCACACAAUGAGUCCAAAGGGCCUGUCCUGUUCACAUGCUUCAUUCACAUUUGGUAGGAGGGCUCAGCUCCGGGCUUAGGAAGGCUUGAAAAACAGCUUCCUAUGAAGCCAUCCCAGCCAACAUGCAUAACUGAUUGGAAGUGGAGGGGUUUAUGCACCUUGAUGAACAGAUGCUUGUGUUUUCAGAGCAUUUAACUUCUACAGCACAGUGAAACCUCCCAUCCUGCUGAGAGACUAUUCCUAAGAGCAAGGAGAAAGUUCUGUUGGUGUGACAAAGUUGAACUCUAGCUUGUAUUUUUGUCUCCUACGAAAGCCAACUUCGUUUGGGAAAGGGGCAAGGCGGACUGUUGGAAGACUAAGAAAAGACCAGUGAGCUCAUGAGAGGUGCGGGCUCCCUCGGUGAAGGGCUUGCCGGUUGUGGGUGAAGCACUGGAAAGCUAAGAAGCAGGUAAGAUGCCAAGAAAGGGAGUUGUUCUACAAUUCCCUAAGAAGCGCGAGCCGAUUGCAGAUGGCUCAGGCAGAUGAAUAUCAGCAGGGAAAGCCAUGACUGGGCCAGCAUGGCCUCUGAGUGAAGAGCUAAAGCGAUAAACGAAGGGAAGCCGCGUCGGCUCUUGGUAACCGUUCUAAGUACCCCAGAGAAGUAAAGUGAGCACUGACCAGUCAACCCUUCGUGGGAGGUCUGGGGUGAGUCUUUACUAUGGAGAUAAGUGAUUUCAUUUAUGCCAAGAAGCUUGAAGCCAUUUGCAAAAGAAGCUGACCUAAACAAGGAAAGAAUGCUCAUCAAAUUUUAGAUGACAGGAAACUCCUAGAAAGGGUGACAUUUAGGAUCCAAGUAGAUCAGGUCAUAAGAAAAGGAGAUUGGCAACAGUAUCCGGAAGAUUGAAGAUUUGGAGGACUGUGUACCUCAUUAAAAGUACUGAGUGUUAGGCCAGAAAUGUCCAGGGUGGGCCCGGGUCUAGGAAACUACAGAUUCUCCUCCACCUCUGUCCCUCUCAGCCUGACCAGUGACAGUACUCUGUGAAAGGACAACAAAGGCCUAAGCUGUUGAGGGGAAGCGGUGACAUGACUGAGAGGGCUGGGCUCAGGGCAGUGAGCACUUCAGCUCGUCCUGGGUUUGUUCAUGGACAAGGGCCGCAUUGCUCCAGCCCAGUGGGUAGGCCGGCUGUGCCUGAGCACGGAAUAAAGAUGCAUUUCUGGCUCUUCUGGGUCCUGUCAGUUUCAGUGACUAUAAGCUUCUGUCAGAUACAGCAGAAGGCCAGUGCCUUACGGUUUUUGCUUUUUUUUUUUUUUUUUUUUUUUCCAAGAA